AUGCUCUGCAGAGAGGCACUGAGAUCACGGAGUGAACACACUAGAGGAAAGAAGGAUCAGCAAAACUUCAAAACCAGAUUUCGACUCUAUACAGACAGAGCUGGAGGCAGCUGCCAGAUUUUUGUUAAUCAGCUGGAGACUCUUGACAAAUGCCAUUUCAAUGCCUCUCUUCCUCUGGUGAUGAUAGUCCAUGGCUGGUCGGUGGAUGGGAUAUUGGAAAGCUGGAUUUGGAAAAUGGCAGCAGCUCUGAAGUCUCACCAUGACCCAAUGAAUGUGAUCAUUGCAGACUGGCUGGCCCUGGCUCACCAGCACUAUCCCAUUGCUGUACGGAACACGCGCACCACAGGACACGAGAUCGCGCAGUUCCUGCAGUGGCUGGAGGAAUCUGUUCAAUUUUCCAGAAGCAAUGCUCAUCUAAUUGGAUACAGCCUGGGAGCUCAUGUUUCAGGAUUUGCUGGAAGUUUUAUCAACGGUACAAAAAAGAUUGGAAGAAUUACAGGCCUUGACCCUGCUGGUCCCCUGUUUGAAGGAAUGUCACCCACAGACCGUUUAUCUCCAGAUGAUGCAAACUUUGUGGAUGCAAUUCAUACCUUCACCAAACAGCACAUGGGCCUCAGUGUUGGCAUCAAGCAGCCUGUGGCUCAUUUUGACUUUUAUCCCAACGGAGGCACCUUCCAGCCUGGCUGUCACAUCCUGCACGUGUACAACCACAUCGCACAGCUGGGGAUUGCUGGCAUCACUCAAACUGUGAAAUGUGCCCAUGAGAGGUCAGUUCAUUUGUUCAUCGACUCUCUGCUGCACAAGGACAAGCAAAGCACAGCGUACUGGUGCAACGACAUCAACACUUUCAACAAAGGGCUGUGCCUCAGCUGUAAGAAGAACCGCUGUAACACCCUGGGCUACAACAUCAGGGAGGAAAGUCUGCCCAAAAGCAGACGACUCUUUCUGAAAACAAGAGCCCAUAUGCCCUUCAAAGUGUAUCAUUAUCAGUUCAAGAUCCACAUCAUCAAUGAAAUCCAAGGCAAGCCAAUAGACCCAGCUUUCACCAUGUCUCUGACAGGGACUAAGGCUGAUGCUAAAAACCUGCACAUCCCACUAGUUGAAAGCAUUACUGGGAAUAAAACCUACUCCUUUCUCAUCACCCUGGACAAUGAUAUUGGUGACAUCAUAAUGAUCAAGUUCAAAUGGGAAUUACCUCCACUUUGGGGAAAUAUCUGGGACACAUUUCAAACCAUAAUACCAUGGACAAAGGGCACCCAUCGACCAGGACUUAUAGUGAAGGAAAUAAGAGUGAAAGCAGGGGAAACACAGCAAAAAAACACAUUUUGCCCCCAAAGCACUGACAACAUUCACCUUCAUCCUUCCCAAGAGAAGAUAUUUGUGAGCUGUGAAGAUCUCUUCCAGAGCCAAAAGAGAAAAUGAGCAAGAAUACAAAAAGGCAACUCCU